UGGUCAGGCAAUAUCACCAGUGAUUAUACAUUUCAAGACACUGUCAUAAGUCAUUCACUAGUAUCCCAGACACUCAGUCAGACUCUUGAGGUCCAGUCAGACCAGACAGACACGAUGGGAGUAGAGAAUGUGGAGCUGGAUGUGGGAGACUCGACUCUGAUGAGUAGCACCAAGAAGCCUCCCAAGGUUCGGCCUCCCAACAUGUUUGAGCGCAUCAUCCAGCCCUGCCUGGCAGAGGUGGUGGGCACCAUGUUCUUCGUCUUCAUCGGGUGUGUGUCGGUCAUCGAGAACGUUGAGUCUGCAGGCAGGGUACAGCCGGCCCUAGUCCAUGGCCUGGCAGUUGCCGUCAUGGUGGCAUGCAUGGAUCAGAUCAGUGGAUCCCAUUUCAAUCCUCCCUUCACCAUUGCCAUCUACCUGUGUGGCGGCAUGCAACUGUUCAUGGUCAUCCCAUAUCUUAUCAGCCAGUUAAUAGGAGGGGUGCUGGGAGCUGCCAUGUCAAAGAUGAUGACAUCAAAGGAGAACUAUGCCAAUGCCACCGGUGCGGCGUUUACCAUCCUCCAAUCAGAGGACCAGCUGGUGGGGGCCAUCUUUGGAGAGAUCGCCAUGACAUGCCUGGUUUCCAUGGUAGUGUUGCUAGGGGCGGUGAACGCAAAGAGCAAAAGUCCCAUGGUGCCUUUCCUGGUAGGCUCUACUGUCAUCAUCAACAUUCUGGCAGGAGGGGAUGUGUCUGGGACCUGUCUGAACCCAGCCAGGGCUCUGGGGCCAGCAGUGAUGGCCAACUACUGGACCUACCAUUGGGUUUACUGGGCUGGUCCUAUCGCAGGAGGUCUACUGGCAGCAGGACUAGUGAGACUUGUGCUUGGAGAUGAGAAGACACGAAUCAUCAUGAAGUGACAUCCUGUCCAUGUCCACCUCACUGUGAAAAACAUUUAACCAACUGGGUCAUUCCAUCAAUUCGAUGCCUUUUGAGGAGUAUAAUUUUGUAUUACUUUUUUUGAAUAAAUUGAACAGUGGUGGAAAAAGUA